GUGUGAGUGCAGCCUUGUAUUUUCUAAAUUAGGCUAAAUCAGCAAAAAGAUUGCUCAGACAACAGGAAGCACUUUGAAGGCCAUACUUUUAACAUUUAUUACUAACUCUGAUGUCAUGUUUGAUAAAUCAUGUUUCACUUCCAUGAGAGCUAAAAAAGAGACUAUAUUCCUUAAAUAGUCAAUUUUGCUGAUUCAACAUCUCACAUUGUUUGCCAGAGGGAAGUUGAUUUAAGGCACAUCAUGCAUCUGUAAUACAGAGACAUGGAGGCAGGGAGAGACAUAGAGACAUUGUAAGUGUGUGAGAGAGCAAAUGAGCAAGAGAGAGAGAGGAAGUUUGUCAUUGCUAGAAUCUAUCACACCUCACCUCUUCAGCAAUCGACUGAUCAAACAGGACGGACAUGUACAAGUAAGAUGUUGGGUCCAUCAAAUCCAGUCCAGAAGAACUUCAGUGAAGAGGACAGCUCUGGAUCUGAUGCAGGGUCAGAAGUCGGUCUGGAGACAGACCGGUUCGGUUUCCUUCUGACAAAUGGAUCCACAGCUGGGAGUGUGGGUCCGCCCCCUGAGCUGGUUAGACAGAGGGAGGCCAAGUGGAUCAACAUCAUUGGCCAAUGGGAGCGCAUCUUGUCAAAGAAGACCAGUAAGGUCAAAGUUCAGUGUCAGAAGGGAAUCCCAGCCUCACUCAGAGCUAAGUGCUGGCCUCUGUUGUGUGGAGCUACUGACAGGAUGAAACAGAAUGAAAACCUCUACCAGUUUCUGGAUUCACAACCUGCUCUGCAGAACUGGGUGGAUGUGAUCGAACGAGACCUAGACCGACAGUUCCCUUUUCAUGAGAUGUUCCUCUCCAAGGACGGACAUGGGCAGCGUGGUUUGUUCCGGGUGUUGAAAGCCUACACUCAGUACCAACCGGAGGAGGGUUACUGCCAGGCACAGGGACCAGUGGCUGCAGUGCUGCUGAUGAACAUGCCUGCUGAGGAGGCCUUCUGGUGUCUGGUGCAGAUCAGUGAGCAGUACCUGCCCGGAUACUACAGCCCUCUACUGGAGGGAGUCCUGUUUGAUGCAGCCAUGCUGAACUGGGUUUUGAAAAGAACGUGUCCAGCUGUACACAAACACCUGCAGCACCACGGAGUAGAGCCCCUCAUGUUCGCCACUGACUGGCUGAUGUGUCUGUUCACUCGCCACCUGCCCUUCAACACACUGCUCCGAGUCUGGGAUCUCUUUUUCUGCUAUGGGGUGCGGGUGCUGCUCCAGGUGGCGGUGGUGCUUGUCCGUCGGGUGCUGGGCCGGGCUGACCAGAGGAAGCAGUGCCAGGGCCAGAUGGAGACUCUGGAGAGGCUGAGGGCCGUCAGGGAGCAGGUCCAAGAGGAAGACGACGCCUUCAUAGCAGAGGUGUGCUCGGUGACGCUGUCAGCCAGAGAUCUGGAGAGGCAGACAGAGAAGACGUUACAACAGUGGAGAAAAGACAGACCCUCGUCCACCUUUGACCCCCGAGGUCGCUGCCAGGGAUACCGGAUGGCGUGGGAGAGGGCUCGACACAGCGAGGAGGAGCGCGACAGGAAGGAGAGAGAGAAAGGCAACCUGUCUGCCCCUCUGGCUCGCUCGGCCUCCACCCUCUCGCUGUCUCCUUCGCUCCUUCACAAGAAGUGGAGGAAAGGGGGGAAGGGUAACGAAUGGGCAGGGGGUGGUAAAGUUGUGAGGCAUCUUUCAAUGGGAGCAAAGGAGGACUGGGGAAGCUGGACUGACUUAAAUUUUAAGAAGGUGCAGGGCGUUCAGGAGGAGGACGACGUUGUUUCAGAGGAACAUGAAAAACAGAGCGAGCCGGAACUGACGGGACAAACUGAACAGAAAGAACUGUUCGAGGUCCCCAAAAAGAUGGAGGAAAGCCAAAACAUACCAACACAACAUGUAGAAGAGACAGAAAAAGAGCCUGUUAAACCACAGGAUGAACAAAUGGAAAAGGAGGAAAGCCAACAAAGGACGUUGCUAUCUGAACAGACAGUAACCUCAGCAGAAGAAGACACAACCGUGGAGACAGAAACAACCCAAAGUCCAGCAGAAGCUCAGUUUGUUGAAAAUGUUCCUCAGCCAGCUGAACAAACCUCUGAACAUGUGGAGGAGUUGGACUCUAACAUCCAAUCACAAGUCCCACAUCAGGAAACUGAGGGCAAAGACACAAAGGAAGAGACGGAAGAACAGGUGACAGAAAGUGAACAUACAGCUGCUGUGGAGGAAAAUCAGACCGAGGUACAGAAAGAUGCAGAUAGACACAAAGAGGUGGAGGUGCAGGUGGAACUGAGGACAGAGGUUGAUGUGAAACCCGAGGAGAGGACAGAAACUGAAAAUGUGCAACAGACACAGGUGGACGCAGUCGCAGAAGUAAAAGUAGAGGCUGAGCUACAAACAAAACCAGAGACAACGGUGUUCUCAGAGGAAGACGGUGAUGUCGAAGUUCAUACUGUCACAAACCCAGAUCAAACAUUAGAGACAGAAACGCAACAGCAAGACACAGAGACAGACAAAAGCUCACAGGGUGGUGCAUUUGAAGUUAAAUACCACAGAAGUGAGUCAUUAACAGAAAUAGAUAUGAAAGAAGAGCCCCACACCCAAACGGAGACAGAAAUUGAUGUGGUGGCACAGCCUCAAGAGAAGGAAGACACACAGGACCAAUUUGAGGCUGAUAUAGAGACAAAUUCAGAACAACACGAUACGCUUCCUCCCAGUGAGACGAACACAGAGAAAGAAACAAUUACACCGCCUCCACCUGAAUGCAUCCAUGAUGAAGAAGACACCGACGUGGCAGCAGAUACAGAGACUGAAGCAGAGAUACCAGUUGCAGAUGAGACAGUGACACUGACGAGUGAAGCAUUCGCUCAAAGUUCAGAGAAAGAAAGCGAUACAACAGGAUCUGAACCUGCGCAGGAUAAAGAAGAAAUUAUUUUGACUGUACCAUCAGAGGCACAGGUUGACAAUGACACAAGUAUUUGUGAUCAAACACAAGUAGAAGAAAUGCCAACAGAGACAAACGUGGAGACUUCAGACUCCACAGCACCUGCAGAGGAGGAGGAGACUUCAACACAGCCAGGCCUGAACCUCACCGCUGAGCCUGAUGGGAAGGAGAGUUUAGUCCAAAUAAGUGCUGUUGUGCAGCCUGCACCUGAACAACCAAAGAGCCAAGUCACGAUGGGUCCUGUAGAGGAAGAGAAAAGUACAGAUCUUCAAGAAGAAACAGCAGGAGAGGACUGUGUUUUCAUUUCUUCUCCACCAACAGACGAUCCACAUACCGACAGCAACCCACAGGUCCAAAACAAAGAUGACUCUCACCUUGCAAAAGACCAGACUGAGCCAAGUGACAGCGGUACGACACAAGUCUCUGGGCGUACCAGCAGCCACUCUUCUGGUGAUUUCCGCAUCCGCAAGUCGUCCAGCUCCCGUGGGUCCAGGUUAGCACGCCGGCUUUCUGAAGAUCUCUUCACCUCCCCGCAGAAAACUAAUCAAUCUAUCCCCAGUCAGCCAGACCAAGUCAAAAACACGGACUCUCCCAACCCAACCUCAUCUGCCCCUGAUGUGUCUUCAGAAGUGACUUCGCUUCCGUCCACAGAAGUGACUGAGGCAACUGCAGCGCAACAGGAAGCGGGGCAGCCAGACCCCCCGAAACGUUUUGGUCUCUUCCGCAGACUGAGAGGAGAGCAGCCCAAAAAAACCAAAGAAAAGGGGACACCCAAAAUGCAAGUCCCCAAAAUCUUGAUUCAGGACUUCAGUGACCAAACGGGGACGGGGAAACCGGUCGAGGAAGAGGAGGAGAAGCUGACCUCCAGGGAGAGGAGGAGGAGGCGGAGGGAGCAAGAAAGGAGGGAGAAAGAGGAGGAGAGGUUGAGGAAGAAGAGAGAGAAAGAGCUGGAGAAGGAGAGGGAGAAAGAGAGGAAGAAACCGCAGACGAGGGGGAAAAGUUUCCAGGUGCAAAAAGAGAAAGGCGGCACUGAUGCACCUCAGCCUGCAAACACUGGCUCACAGACACUUAGACAUUCUGCUUCUUAUGCUGAAUCUUACUUUUGACACACAUAUCUUUGUUAUAGGUCAGGAAGGAAGAGGUUUGGAGCACACGGUCAUAGUUUAAGCUUUUGAUUAGGUGCUAUUCUUCCUGAUGUAUGUAUAUUCCUUACUGUAUGUCAAAAUGUGUCAAAAAGUCACUGCACCUUAUUAAAAGCUUUUAUUAUAACCGUGCGCUCGAGACCUCGUCCCUCCAGAACCCAUCUGUCAUAUCUGAGCAGAGAUUCUCUCAGCCUAAAUCUUUGUUAUACUUGAACCUUUUGACAUGUAAAUAAAAAAACUAAAUGAUGUUUACAUAUUUUGAAAAAUAUGUUUGUUUUAUUUCAAGGAACUUUUUUUUUUCGCUGCAUCUUGAUCACAAACUGAAGACUCAGAACAAAAACAAACAGAAAGCGCUUCAAGUCCAGUUUCACAUAAUCUAAACAUUCACAUUAUAGUCCAAUAAAAAGUUGGAGUACAGUAGCAGUGGCAAUCCUGUUCUGUACUGUAGACUGUGUUACCCAGGUUAAAAAAAAAAAAAAAAAAAAUCCACAG